UCCACCGUGCCACUGAGUCCGCGUCCGUUUCUGCUCAGACAGUUUCCGCGUUUCACACGAAGCGGAUCAUUUCCUGUCUGUAAAUGAAAGUGAAAGUGAUUUAAAGCUGGAAUCGCCAUUUUGUCAAGAAACACGAAUAAGACUCUGGAAAAAAAUAAAGAUAUUUUUAUUGCAAGAGGACCCAGCAGGAAUCAUCUGGUCUGAAUCGUCACGAAAAUGGAGGAAGCUGCUUCUGAAAUGCGCCCCCUUGUGGAGUGUAACAGAAAGAGCACUGAGAGUGUCCUGAUGGAGAGAGCAGACUCCCCUGUACCCAGCAGUGUGAUGCCGUCCCCAUUGUAUGAAUUAUAUUUAUACCAUGAGGGUUUGUUUCCUCUCACUGCCCACAGUGUCCUGAUGAAGAGAGCAGACUCCCCUGUACCCAGCAGUGCUUCCCUGAAGAGUGACAGGUCAAUGGAAGAUCCAAUCCACUUCAGAGAGGGAUCUUUUCCUACAGAUCAAAGUGUCCUGAUGGAGAGAGCAGACUCCCCUGUACCCAGCUGUGUUUCCCUGAAGAGUGACUGGUCAAUUCCUCUACCACCCGCCUUCAGAGAGGAACCUUUUCCUACAGAUCAAAGUGUCCGGAUGAAGAGAGCAGACUCCCCUGUACCCAGCUGUGUUUCCCUGAAGAGUGACAGGUCAAUGCCUCUACCACCCACCUUCAGUGAGGGACCUUUUCCUACAGAUCAAAGUGUCCUGAUGAAGAGAGCAGACUCCCCUGUACCCAGCUGUGUUUCCAUGAAGAGUGACUGGUCAAUGGAGCACCCAGCCACCUUCAAAGAGGGACCUUUUCCUACAGAUCAAAGUGUCCUGAUGAAGAGAGCAGACUCCCCUGUACCCAGCUGUGUUUCCCUGAAGAGUGACGCGUCACUGCCUCUACCACCCACCUUCAGUGAGGGACCUUUUCCUAAAGAUCAAAGUGUCCUGAUGAAGAGAGCAGACUCCCCUGUACCCAGCAGUGUCUCCCUGAAGAGUGACAGGUCAAUGGAAGAUCCAAUCCACUUCAGAGAGGGAUCUUUUCCUACAGAUCAAAGAGACCAAAAGGAAGAAUGCACUUCAGACCUACAUGACAAAUCGGGUUUAUCAUCCAUAUCGAAGUUACUAGAGGAAAAAGCUGUAAAGUUCCUAAAGGAUGAGCUGAAGAAGUUUGUGAGGUACCUAGAUCAAAAUUACCCAGAAUGCUCUGAGCCUCAGCUGGAGGAGGACAAUGACCUGGACAGUGAUGGUCAGAUGCAGAAGACCUGUGGCAGAGAGGGAGCUCUGAAGAUCACACUGUACAUCCUGAGGACCAUGAAGCAAAAUGAUCUCGCUGACAUGCUGGAGAAGAGACAGCUCAUGCUGGAUUAUCUGCACAGAAUCAAAAGUAACCUGAAGCAGAAAUUUCAGUGUGUAUUUGAAGGGAAUCCUAAGGAAGGACAGCCAACACUUCUCAGUGAGAUUUACACAGAACUCUACAUAACUGAAGGUGGGACUGGAGGAGUCAAUGAUGAACAUGAAGUGAGACAGAUUGAAACAGCAUCCAAGAAAAGGCGAACAGAAGAUACUACAGUCAAGUGCAAUGAUAUAUUUAAACCUUUAUGUGGGCGUGAGACACCUAUCAGAACUGUACUCACUAAAGGGGUGGCAGGUAUCGGGAAAACAGUCUCUGUGCAGAAAUUUAUUCUCGACUGGGCAGAAGGAAAAGCAAACCAGGAUGUUCACUUUAUAUUUGCUCUUCCUUUCCGGGACCUAAAUUUGAUUAAGGAGGAAUACAGUCUGAUUGAACUGCUUCACCACUUUGUCCCAGAACUGAAAUUGCUUGAAUCCACUGAGGUGUUUAGGUACAAAGUCUUGUUCAUCUUUGAUGGUCUGGAUGAGUGUCACCUUCCUCUACAUUUUCAUAACAAUGAGAGCUGGUUUGAUGUAACAAUGAAAAUGUCACUGGAUGUGCUGUUGACUAACCUCAUUAAGGGGAAUCUGCUUCCAUCCGCUCUCCUCUGGAUAACCUCUCGGCCAGCAGCAGCCAAGCAGAUACCUCCUAAGUGUGUCCACCGGGUGACAGAGAUACGAGGGUUCAGUGAUGCCCAGAAGGAGGAGUAUUUCAGGAGGAGAUUCAGUGAUCAGAGCCUGACCAGCAGGAUUAUCACACAUGUGAAAUCAUCAAGGAGCCUCUUCAUCAUGUGCCACAUACCUGUGUUCUGCUGGAUUUCAGCCACUGUGCUUAAGAGGCUUUUUAGUGAGACUGACAGGGGAGAAAUUCCAAGGACUCUGACUGAAAUGUACACACACUUCCUGAUCUUUCAGGCGAGUUUAAAAAAUGACAAGUAUAUGGAAAACGAUGAAACCAAGCUUAAGAAAUACAGCAAGGAAUUCCUUUUGAAACUUGGUAAACUGGCUUUUGACAACCUUGAGAAAGGCAAUCUCAUAUUUUAUGAGCAAGAUCUGACAGAGAAUGACAUUGAUGUCACUGAAGCUUCAGUUUACUCUGGAGUGUGCACAGAAGUCUUUAAAGAGGAAUAUGGGCUGUAUGAGGAGAAGGUGUACUGCUUUGUGCAUCUGAGCAUCCAGGAGUAUCUCGCUGCUUUAUACGUGUUUCUGUCAAACUCAUCAGCUGACCUGCUGGAGACUGCAGUGGAUCAGGCAUUAGAGAGCAAGAAUGGACACUUGGACCUCUACCUCCGCUUCCUCCUGGGCCUCUCAACAGACUCCGGUAAGACACUGUUACAAAGGCUACUGGGACAGAGAGGAACAAGUUUAUAUACCACUUUUAAAAGAUCCAUAAAAAGGCUACUGGGACAGACAACAGCCAAAUACAUCAGGGAGAAAAUAAAGGAGAAUUUAUCUCCAGAAAGGACCAUCAACCUAUUCCACUGUCUGGUUGAACUGGGUGACAAUUCUCUAGUAAAUGAUGUAGAAAGGUACCUGAAUUCAGGAAGCCUUUCAGCAGAAGACCUCUCACCUGCACAGUACUCAGCUCUGGCCUUUGUGAUGCUGAUGUCAGAUGAGGAGCUGGAUGUGUUUAAUAUGAAGAAAUUCAUCAGAUCAGAUGAAGAGCACUGGAGGCUGCUGCCUGUUGUCAAGAACUCCAGGACGGCUCUGCUGAACAGCUGUAAUCUCACAGAGAAAUGCUGUGAGGUGCUGGCUUCAGCUCUCAGAUCAAACUCCUCACACCUGAGAGAGCUGGACCUGAGUGACAAUGACCUGCAGGAUUCAGGAGUGAAGCUGCUCUCUGCUGGACUGGGGGAUUCACACUGUAAGCUGGAGUUACUGUGGCUGAACAGCUGUAAUCUCACAGAGAAAUGCUGUGAGGCGCUGGCUUCAGCUCUCAGAUCAAACUCCUCACCCCUGAGAGAGCUGGACCUGAGUGACAAUGACCUGCAGGAUUCAGGAGUGAAGCUGCUCUCUGCUGGACUGGGGGAUUCACACUGUAACCUGGAGAUACUGAGGCUGAACAGCUGUAAUCUCACAGAGAAAUGCUGUGAGGUGCUGGCUUCGGCUCUCAGAUCAAACUCCUCACCCCUGAGAGAGCUGGACCUGAGUGACAAUGACCUGCAGGGUUCAGGAGUGAAGCUGCUCUCUGCUGGACUGGGGGAUUCACACUGUAAACUGGGGAUACUGAGGCUAUCAGGCUGUAGAGUCACAGAAGAAGGCUGUUCUUCCCUGGUUUCAGCUCUGAGGUCAAACCCCUCACACCUGAGAGAGCUGGAUCUGAGCUACAAUCACCCAGAAGACUCAGGAGUGAAGCUGCUCUCUGCUGUACUGGAGGAUCCCAGCUGUAAACUGGAGAAGCUGAAGCUGUCAGGCUGUAGAGUCACAGAAGAAGGCUGUUCUUCCCUGGCUUCAGCUCUGAGGUCAAACCCCUCACACCUGAGAGAGCUGGAUCUGAGCUACAAUCACCCAGGAGACUCAGGAGUGAAGCUGCUCUCUGCUGUACUGGAGGAUCCCAGCUGUAAACUGGAGAAGCUGAAGCUGUCAGGCUGUAGAGUCACAGAAGAAGGCUGUUCUUCCCUGGCUUCAGCUCUGAGGUCAAACCCCUCACACCUGAGAGAGCUGGAUCUGAGCUACAAUCACCCAGGAGACUCAGGAGUAAAGCUGCUCUCUGCUGGACUGGGGGAUUCACACUGUAAACUAGAGAUACUGAGGCUGAACAGCUGUAAUCUCACAAAGAAAUGCUGUGAGGUGCUGGCUUCAGCUCUCAGAUCAAACUCCUCACCCCUGAGAGAGCUGGACCUGAGUGACAAUGACCUGCAGGAUUCAGGAGUGAAGCUGCUCUCUGCUGGACUGGGGGAUUCACACUGUAAACUGGGGAUACUGAGGCUGUCAGGCUGUAGAGUCACAGAAGAAGGCUGUUCUUCCCUGGCUUCAGCUCUGAGGUCAAACCCCUCACACCUGAGAGAGCUGGAUCUGAGCUACAAUCACCCAGGAGACUCAGGAGUGAAGCUGCUCUCUGCUGGACUGGGGGAUUCACACUGUAAACUAGAGAUACUGAGGCUGAACAGCUGUAAUCUCACAAAGAAAUGCUGUGAGGUGCUGGCUUCAGCUCUCAGAUCAAACUCCUCACCCCUGAGAGAGCUGGACCUGAGUGACAAUGGCCUGCAGGAUUCAGGAGUGAAGCUGCUCUCUGCUGGACUGGGGGAUUCACACUGUAAACUGGGGAUACUGAGGCUGUCAGGCUGUAGAGUCACAGAAGAAGGCUGUUCUUCCCUGGCUUCUGCUCUGAAGUCAAACCCCUCACACCUGAGAGAGCUGGACCUGAGCUACAAUCACACUGGAGACUCAGGAGUGAAGCUGCUCUCUGCUGGACUGGGGGAUUCACACUGUAAACUGGAGAUACUGAGGCUGAACCGCUGUAAUCUCACAGAGAAAUGCUGUGAGGCGCUGGCUUCAGCUCUCAGAUCAAACUCCUCACACCUGAGAGAGCUGGACCUGAGUGACAAUGACCUGCAGGAUUCAGGAGUGAAGCUGCUCUCUGCUGGACUGGGGGAUUCACACUGUAAACUGGGGAUACUGAGGCUGAACAGCUGUAAUCUCACAAAGAAAUGCUGUGAGGUGCUGGCUUCAGCUCUCAGAUCAAACUCCUCACCCCUGAGAGAGCUGGACCUGAGUGACAAUGACUUGCAGGGUUCAGGAGUGAAGCUGCUCUCUGCUGGACUGGGGGAUUCACACUGUAAACUGGAGAUACUGAGGCUGAACAGCUGUAAUCUCACAGAGAAAUGCUGUGAGGCGCUGGCUUCAGCUCUCAGAUCAAACUCCUCACACCUGAGAGAGCUGGACCUGAGUAACAAUGACCUGCAGGAUUCAGGAGUGAAGCUGCUCUCUGCUGGACUGGGGGAUUCACACUGUAAGCUGGAGAUACUGAGGCUGAACAGCUGUAAUCUCACAGAGAAAUGCUGUGAGGUGCUGGCUUCAGCUCUCAGAUCAAACUCCUCACGCCUGAGUGAGCUGGACCUGAGUCACAAUGACCUGCAGGAUUCAGGAGUGAAGCUGCUUUCUGCUGGACUGGGGGAUUCACACUGUAAACUGGAGAUACUGAGGCUGAACAGCUGUAAUCUCACAGAGAAAUGCUGUGAGUCGCUGGCUUCAGCUCUCAGAUCAAACUCCUCACCCCUGAGAGAGCUGGACCUGAGUGACAAUGACCUGCAGGAUUCAGGAGUGAUGCUGCUCUCUGCUGGACUGGGGGAUUCAUACUGUAAGCUGGAGAUACUGAGGCUGAACCGCUGUAAUCUCACAAAGAAAUGCAGUGAGGCGCUGGCUUCAGCUCUCAGAUCAAACUCCUCACACCUGAGAGAGCUGGACCUGAGUGACAAUAACCUGCAGGAUUUAGGAGUGAAGCUGCUCUCUGCUGGACUGGGGGAUUCACACUGUAAACUGGAGAUACUGAGGCUGUCAGGCUGUAGAGUCACAGAAGAAGGCUGUUCUUCCCUGGCUUCAGCUCUGAGGUCAAACCCCUCACACCUGAGAGAGCUGGACCUGAGCUACAAUCACCCAGGAGACUCAGGAGUGAAGCUGCUCUCUGCUGUACUGGGGGAUUCACACUGUAAGCUGGAGAUACUGAGGCUGAACAGCUGUAAUCUCACAAAGAAAUGCUGUGAGGCGCUGGCUUCAGCUCUCAGAUCAAACUCCUCACCCCUGAGAGAGCUGGACCUGAGUGACAAUGACCUGCAGGAUUCAGGAAUGAAGCUGCUUUCUGCUGGACUGGGGGAUUCACACUGUAAGCUGGAGAUACUGAGGCUGAACCACUGUAAUCUCACAAAGAAAUGCAGUGAGGUGCUGGCUUCAGCUCUCAGAUCAAACUUCUCACACCUGAGAGAGCUGGACCUGAGUGACAAUGACCUGCAGGAUUCAGGAGUGAAGCUGCUCUCUGCUGGACUGGGGGAUUCACACUGUAAACUGGGGAUACUGAGGCUGAACAGCUGUAAUCUCACAGAGAAAUGCUGUGAGGUGCUGGCUUCAGCUCUCAGAUCAAACUCCUCACCCCUGAGAGAGCUGGACCUGAGUGACAAUGACCUGCAGGAUUCAGGAGUGAAGCUGCUCUCUGCUGGACUCAGGGAUUCACACUGUAAACUGGAGAUAUUGAGGCUGUCAGGCUGUAGAGUCACAGAAGAAGGCUGUUCUUCCCUGGCUUCGGCUCUGAGGUCAAACCCCUCACACCUGAGAGAGCUGGACCUGAGCUACAAUCACUCAGGAGACUCAGGAGUGAAGUUGCUCUCUGCUGUACUGGAGGAUCCCAGCUGUAAACUGGAGAAGCUGAAUGUGGACCACGGUGGACAGUGCAGGACCAGACCAGGCGUACAGAAAUACUCCUGCCAGCUGACGCUGGACCCCAACACAGCAAACAGACGCCUGUCUCUGUCAGGGGGGAACAGGAAGGUGACAUGUGUGUGGGGGGCAGAGCAGCCAUAUCCUGAUCAUCCAGAGAGAUUUGACUUCUGCCCCCAAGUUCUGUGCAGAGAGAGUCUGACUGGCCGCUGUUACUGGGAGGCUGAGUGGGAUGGAUAUGGAGCCUGGAUAGCAGUGACUUAUAAAGGGAUCGAGAGGAAAGGAGGGAGUGACUGUCUGCUUGGAUACAAUGACAAGUCAUGGUGUCUGCACUGUAAUAUUGACAGAUACUCUGUCCGGCACAAUUAUGAAGAGACUCUCAUACCCAUACGGGCCUCAGGCUCCCGCAGAGUAGGAGUGUAUCUGGACUGGGGGGCUGGUGCUCUGUCCUUCUACAGAGUCUCCUCUGAUGGACUGACCCCCCUGUACAGAUUCACCUCCUCAUUCACUGAGUCCCUCUAUCCAGGGUUUUAUGUUUCUAACUCCAUAGUGUUACUGUGACGUGUUGCUGAUUCUCCUGGCAAAAAGGUCAAAUCUCUGCUUUUUAACCUUUAUAAUCCUUUUUACUCUGAAAUGUAUGUUUCACAAACAUAUAGUUUUUCUCUCUGACUAAAAUGUAACUAAAUGUAAUCCUGAUUGGAGGGGGCUUCCCCCUCCCCUGUAUAUGUACAUUUUAUACAUUUAUGCCUGUUUACUAUAUUACUGUACAAUGACAAUAAAGUCUUUCUGUUCUGUCCUAUUAA